AAUUGCGUAACUCCUAAGCGGGGGGCGGGGGGUGGCAGUGCUUACGGAAGUAAGAUCUCGCACUAAAUGAGUAAUGAAACAUUAUUCAAACGUAGUAGGAUAGCGGGGAAACAAGCGAGAAUCGUUCGUAACGAAGGAUGCCCUGUGGCUAACGUAACCAUAUCCUCGAACGAGCUAGAAACCGAUACCCAGCAACAGCGAAAUUAGAACAUUUCGCGACCUGCGCCGAUCGUUGCGCUUGUGAGGACACCUCUGCUCACCGAAACUAAUGCAUAGAGACUUCGGUAGGCUAUACAAGCAGAAAACGGGGAACCUCGGCGAUGGGCACUUUUCUAUCGCUGCCCAGUCAACAAGAAUUUCAGGACCUUGCUGAAAAAACAGGCUUCUCUCUGGAGCAGAUUGGGAUUCUCCACCGGCGAUUCACACAGCUGAGUCACGGAGAGGCUACUCUACGAAGAGAAGACUUCAAGACAAUCCAAGAUCUUUCCUGUAAUCCCAUUCGAUGCCAGAUUAUUGAGGCCUUCUUUGACAAAAGGAACCUUCAGAAAAACGGCAAGGGCUCUGUCCAGGAGAUUGGGUUCGAAGAUUUUCUGACCAUUAUGUCCUACUUCAGACCCCCAAGGCUGCACAUGACCGAGGAGGAGAGGGCGGGGAUGCGGAGGGAGAAAUUGCGCUUUCUCUUCAACAUGCAUGACACUGACAAUGAUGGAACAAUCACCCUGGAGGAGUACAGACAUGUGGUAGAAGAGCUCCUUUCUCGAAGUGGUGCCCUGGGCAAAGAAACAGCUAAAGCUAUAGCAGACGCCGCCAUGCUGGAGGUGGCCAGCAUCUCUGUGGGUCACAUGGAGCCAGAUGAAUUCUAUGAAGGAAUCACUUUUGAGCAUUUUCUAAAGAUUUUCAACAACAUUGAGAUUGAGACGAAGAUGCACAUACGGUUUUUAAACAUGGAUACCACCACUCUGUGCACAUAAGGUUCAGCAGACCGCAUUCCUAAAGUGCAUAGAUGUUGGUAAAUCUCUGCAACUUUAUAGCAAAUCACUGUGAAAAUGCAAUACUGGUAGCCCUUGACAGGAACCUGGAAGUCUUGCUGUGUAUAUGUUUGCAAUAAGUGGUAUAUAUGUUCAACAGAAACUUAUCUUGGUCAAAUAUAGUUAGUAAGUAAAUAUUAAAUAAUAAAGUCUGUCACUUGCUAGAUAUCAGAUAGAAGGAAACUUGUAAGAAAUAUUGACAUUUAUGCAACAAAUAUGCAAAGCUAUGCAUGACACGUGUUUGUCUUGAUCAAAGCUGUUUACAUCCUUUACUCUUCAAUAGAAAUAUGCAGGAAAUUCUGAUAAUCUGAAAAAUAUGCAAAGUCAUACCAAAGAAACAGCUACAGAUUUCUGGAUGCUGCUUGUCACAAAAUGCAAAUGUUCACCAUUCCAUUAUUGCACACACCAUUUUCAAUAAGAGGCAUGUUUUUUUCUGUAUAAAAAAUGAACUGUAAUCCCUUACUGUUAUGCUUGUACAGGUACUUUCAGUCAUACACAUUUACUAUUUCUAAAAGUUACACAAACAGAUGGAUAUACCACAGGUAUGACAGAUGACUUAAUUUGUUAAGUGCUGGUUAAAUGAAAUGUGGCAGUCAGUGAAUUCAGAAAGAGGAGGAUAGAUAUUAUAGAAUUAUGUCUUAGGAAGUGACUCUGUGCAAAAUCUAACUUCCUCUGUUAUGCAUUAUAAAAGUAAAAGCAAGCACAGCACACAGCCUCUGUUACCCCGAGGCUAAUAACAGAGUCAUCCAUUGCAGUUCACAAUUCAUCUACUGAAUGAAAUCAACACAAAGAAAAAUCCCAUAUCUGCAUGGUUCUCACAGGUCAUGGAAACUGACUGCCCUUCAGGUAACUUUUCCACAACUUGUCCACCACACUUCACACUCUGUGUGAUUGCAGGAAUGCCUCUCAAUUUUGGGUUAGUGGGCAGCAUGAGUCACAUUCAAUCAAUGCAAUUUAACAUGCAGUUUCAUUCAGCACUGAUAUGCCCACAUCCCUGUACAGCUGUGAAUGACAUAAAGCCCAGUUCUCUGUGAAGGCUUCAGAAGCAUGGAGUCAUUGCAUAGCAUUAUAUGCAUUUAGCUGACACUCUUAUCCAGCGCAACUUCCAGCACAACAGAAUAUAAAUGAAACCAUUCAAGUCAAAUGAACAACAGUGUCAGACCAGGCUAACAACACUCACAGACCAGUGAGUGUGAGCAUAACACCA